AUGCCAACAGCGAGAAGAGCCUGUGCUGCUAUAAACAUCCCCAAUGUUGGAAUUCUAGUAGUCGGUGGGUCAAAAAAAAUAAGUUUAGAUUCUGAGGGCCUAUCAACAUGUGAACUUCUAAUCAAGAAGGGAAUUGAUUGGAAAUGGGAGCAAUACACCUCCAUGCAGCAUUCCCGAGUUUUCGCUAGGGGAGUGUAUCACAAUGAAAGAGCCUAUGUGAUCAGUUUAAAUGACUUCUCCGUUGAUAUGCUCACCAUUCAGCCUGGGGCUCACGGGCAAUGGACAUUGAUACCAGUGAGAAAUUCGCCUCAGGAUGAAUACCUCUGGUCUAUGGCUGUCUCAGAGGAUCAAGUAAUGCUUUCAACUAGGGAUGGAAAUAUCUAUCGAAUGGAAUUAAAGGAACCCGAAGCGCGAAAUCCUAAUGCCGUUGAGUGGGUUAAUACUGUUGCUAUUAUCGACUUUCAACAGCCUACUAUUUUGGCUUUGAAAUAA